AUGGGCGAAGCCGCCGAGGCCAGAAAGAGCAUUCGCAAAGCCCGACGGAGCUUCGCCAAUUACAAGACCAAGAUGACCUCCCUUCGUCGUCCUGACGGAACCGUUACUGCAUCCCGGAGGGCAAUGGAGACGGUCAUCUACGACUUCUACUCGGAUCGCUUCGACAGCCUUCGACAGUCCCUUCGUCUACCUGCCUACUCACUAUCUUAG